AUGAUCCUGCUCGGCACGGAGAACAUCAUCAUUCGCGAUGUGUUGACAGAAAAGUUCGAGCGACCCGCCUCGGUCGAUCAGACCUUCACCGACUUCGAUGGCGUCGCAUACCACCUGGAAUCGACAUCCAAAGCGGGGCCACUCACCCUCUCGAUGGACAUCCGAUGCUGGUCCGAGCUGGUGCAAGCUGGUGCUCUCGAUGUGCUGAAGCGCGAGUACGGCUCUUGGAUCCGCGAUAGCGUCGAGCCGGAGUACAGCGUCACUCUUGAGUUUGAUUUCGCCAAGGUGCCCGCGGCAGGACCGGAACGCGAUGCCCUGAUCGCCAACGUCUCGCUGCUCAAGCGCAAUGCCAUGGCUGCUCCCUUCGAGCGAGCGUUCGCGAUGCAGAAGCAGCUCGAAGAGGCUUCGCAAACCGACAUGCCCAGCAGCGGAACCGAGAUCAUGCCCAUCAACUACCGCGACGACGAAGCGAUCUACAUCAUCCCGUCGCACGACCGCGUCACCGUCGUCUUCACCACCACGUUCAAGGAGGAAACGGACAAGGUGCUGGGCAAGGUGUUUCUGCAGGAGUUUGUGGAUGCGAGACGUCAGCCCUCCAUCCAGACGGCACCCCAGGUAAUCUACUCGAACCGCGAACCACCGCUCGAAGUGCGCAACGUCCAGGGUCUCAACCGCGGCGAAGACGUGGGCUAUGUCACCUUCGUCCUCUUCCCGCGACACUUUAGCACCGCCGAAGUCGCAGCAGGCACCAUCUCGAGGAUCCAACUCUUCAGGGACUACCUGCAUUACCACAUCAAGUGCAGCAAGGCUUACAUGCACAGCAGGAUGAGGCAUCGCGUGGCAGAGUUCCUCAAGGUGCUCAACAGAGCCAAGCCCGAGCUGGCUGAGAAGGAGAGGAAGACGGCUUCCGGAAGGACUUUCCGUCGUGCAUAG